UCAAGAGCCUUGCUUUUGUCAGAUAUCGCUUUUUAAAAAUUCAAAAUUCAGUUAGUUGAGCUAAUGACUCAAGAACCCAACUGGAAGAAGGUUUACGACCGCCUUGUUCGUAGUCACUGCAAUGACCAAAUCCAGGUGCAUCUGCUGGAGCGCCAAGUGCGUCACUUCCGGUUAAAACGGGAACGCCUGCAAAACAAAAUUGAGGAGGAGAGCAGGGGAGUGGAAGCCUGGUUGAAGGUUGUAGAUCGUGUGCGUCGCGAAGUGGAGCGGUAUCAGAAGCACAAACACCUCCUCAGCCCCAAAAAGCAAAAGCAAUUGGACCAAAUAAUGCGGAAGUUGCCCAUGAACACGUUGGAGGAGCGGGUGCGAUUGAUGGAGGUGUCGGAGAAGUUAACGCCGAAGCCGUGUAUAGAUGCUUCCCUUAAAAAAGCAGAAGACCAGGACAGCUCGAAGUACUCCGUUCCGGCUAGGAAACACUGUGAUCCGAGGACUCAAUCAAAGGUGGAUAAGCGACUAUCCAGGAUUAAUGCGGAUUUGCAAGAAAUGCGAGACAUCCACGAGCAGACGAUGGCCGUGAUCCAAGAUAUACAUGACAUAAUGGCCACCAUCAAUUAUUUGGAGCAUGGACAAUGCACCAACAUUGAGAUCACUCCGUAUGUGGCGACCACAAAGAAUUCCUUGCCUUCCUUGAAGGCCACCAUUAAAGUGGACCGGGUGUACAGGUCCAAGAACAAGAAACAUUUCACUCGCGAACUAAUGGACGUGCGUCCUCCAUAUAUUUUGGACCAUGUGCCUCAACUUAAGCCCGACAUCUUUGAAAUAACGGAGAGGAAACCGAAAAAGCAGCACUAAAUCACUUCUGGUGGGGACAAUAAUUUAUUACGCCAAGAAUUAGUCUACUUAAACAUAGUCUACUUGAACAUGUUCUAUGCUACGCUAAUCCUGUCCGGCUUCCAUUUGAUAUUUACAAUUUACAAUAACAACUAAACUCGAUGAUCACCUUUAGCUAAGGAUAGAAAGUAUUGGUUUGUGGCAAGGUGGUGGCAAUCUUGAAUAGCUUCAAUUUACUGCGGAACCAAUAUCUUCCCAUCCUUUUGCUAAAUGAUCCUUGAACUAAAACUUGA